AUGCUGAUGGUGGCAGUGACGGUGACGAUGAUGAUGAUCUUGAUGUUGGUGAGUGAGGACGAGGCCGCCAGGCGUGAGAAGCGGCGAGAGCGCAACAGGGUAGCAGCAGCGAAAUGCCGGCAGAAUCGGCAGAACCAGAUCGAAAACCUCAACAAAAAGGUGAACGAUCUCAAGGCCGCUCGAGAAGAUCUUCUUCGUCGACUUCAGGCCACGGAGACGGAAAAGAUCGAACUCGAAGAGACUAUUCGACAACAUGGGGUAAGCGUUUUUCCCAGUUUGCGUCAUCAUUUUGUAUCAUAUAUGUAUAUGAAAUUUCUUUCUGCAUAUAUAUGUAUUGUUAAGGAUUAUAUAUACAUAUAUAUAUAUUGCCAAUUGGAGCAAAGAUGCGAGUCCCCGGGCAUAUAUGUGAAGUAA